AUGGCUGAAACUACUACCACAUCGUUCAAAAGAAGCCACUCAGGUGUUGAGCUUGAGAAUGAGGCUUGUGAUGAAGAAUAUGAAAAACUUAGCCAAGAAUUUAAUCGUAAGCGUUUCUCUCCUUCACAAAAUAACCAUCCAUUACUCUCUUCCAAUCCACGCGAAGAAGCAUUGGAGAGCUACUCAAAUUGUAUCUAUGAGACUGGUCCAUUUUGGACAAAUAUGUUGGGUUAUUGGAGAGAAAGCAAAGAGAGACCAAACAAGGUAUUGUUUUUAAGGUAUGAGGAUUUGAAAGGGGAUAUCAAAUUCUACUUGGAAAGAAUUGCUGAGUUCUUGGAUUGCCCAUUCAAUUCUGUGGAGGAAAGUGAAGGUGUUAUUGAAAACAUAAUUGAGUUGUGCAGCUCUCAAAAGAUGAAGGAAUUGGAAGUGAACAAGACUGGGAAGUUUGUAAACAAGUUUGAAAACAGGGAUUUCCUCAGGAAAGGUGAAGUAGGUGAUUGGUUUAAUCAUUUUCUCAUCAUGGAUGAUAAAGAAAUUGUUCAAAGUGAUUGA